UUGCGUACGCACCGAAAAUCUUGGAAAUAUCUUUGAUUUUUUUAUUCUUGCACGUCCUCCUCUUAAAUUUGUCAGUUAAGGAGCACCUGCGUGGCUCAGUCCGCUGAGCAUCUGCCUCCAGCUCAGGUCAUGAUCGCAGGGCCCUGGGAUUGAGACCCAGCAGCCUGAAGUCCACACCAUGCUCACUGGGGAGUCUGCUUCUCCCUCUCCCUGCCACUCCCCACCCCUUGUGCUCUCUCUGUCAAAUAAAUAACAUUUAUUUAAAAGGCGUCAGUUAAAUCAUACUGGGCCCUACCUUCAAAAUGUAGCCAGAUUCUGACCACUUUUUGUUACCUUGGUAGUUUCCACCGGGGUCACGGUCACGGUCAGAGUCCGGGUCGGCAGCCCUUCUAUCUCCAGAGAGCUCCUUUUCACCAUUCACUAGAGUUGCCGUGCACAACCUUUUUUCUUUCUUUUUUUCUUUUUUAUUUAUUUACUUUUUUGCCACGCACAACCUUGAAGGCUAUAGAGGAUGGUCCUGUAUGGCCACCCAAGCAUAUAAUGGUCUCCCUACUUCCACUUUGUUCAUCCUCAGUUUCUUCUUAACCCAGUGAGACGUGUUAAAAUGAAAGUCUGAUCACACUAGGCCUCUGCAGAAAACCCCCUUAAGUAAUUAACAUUUUAUGUGCCCACUGUGUGGCGGGCACUGUUAGGUGUUGGCUAGGACAGUGACCAAAGCAGACAAAAACCCCCCACUCUCAGAGCUUACAUUCUCCUAGGACUGAAGAUAACAAAUAAGAUAAAUAAGUAUAAUGUAUAUACUGUUAUAAUGUAGUAAGCCAAGGAGAGGGGAAAAAGGGAAACGGGAAAGGAGGAAUAGAAAAUGUCAGGGUAGGGGUGGGAUUGAUGGACCAGCCAGGGAAUGUCUUACUGAGUAAAUAUUUGAGUAAAAGACCAAAGUGGGAGAAUGAGCCCUAUGGAUGGGGGCGGGGGGAGAAAAAUGUUCCAAGUAGAGGGAAAAGUAAGGGCAAAGUUCCCAAGGCAGGAGGUUACUUGUCAUGUUCUAAGUAUAGCAAGAAAGGCCCUGGUAACCAAGGUGUAGUGAACAAGGUGGGAUGAGGCCAGUGAGGUCAUGAGGACCCAGAUCACGGACGGUCUCGGGGGCAAUCCAUAGUGAUUUUGGCUUUUACUCGGAGCAAGAGUUUGUGCAGGAGGGACAUGAUCUGCAUAUUUCACAGGAUCAGGCAGGCCACUGUUGAGCAGUGUCCAAAGGGGGACAAAGGUAGAGGCAGGGAGCCAGUGGGUGGCGACUACAAUAAUCCAGGCAAGAAGUGAAGAUGGCUUAGACAGAGAUGAUCAUCAGAGGGUCCUAGAUAUACUGAAAAGGUGGAGUCAGGAUUUGCUAACAGCCUGGCUGUGGAGUGUGCAAAAAAAGAGAAGAUCAAGAAUGAAGAAGAGCUGGAGAAGCAGGUGUUCAGUGCCGUGGCACAGGCUCAGCUGUGGACAGGUGCUUAUAACGGAUCAGCUGUUGAACAUUCCGGUGGAAAUGAUGGACGGGCAGGCGGAUAUGGCCUUGAAGGCGGUCAGCUUUCCCCGUGCACGGCCUUGAGGAGGCCCUGGAGCUCACAGGCACCUCGUGUCGCUGGGCUGGGCUGGCACUUCUAGGCCGCUACCAAGUACUCGGAGGGAACCCGAAGAAACCUACGCUCUUCCCUGCCUGGGGCCUGCCUUCCGGGUGCCUGUUUCCAUCUGAUGGCUCGCCGUUUCCAAGGAUGUCAGCAUUGGGAGCGACUGUCCCUCGCAAGGGAGGCCUUGAUCCUAAGCCACAGGACCGCAGCCAGCUGGGCCUCUGCAGGGAAGCCUGUCAGAAUGCCAUGGGGAGCCCUGCUUUGGGCCAAGGAUGCACCCGCUGCUCUUUUUGAAGAGGAGGUGCCUUCCCCAGAACCCACCACGAGGAGGCUGACCAUCCCACCUCUUGUGGCCACAAUGCUGACCGCCCACCUCUUCAGACCCCUGUCACAGCUCCCGGGGAAAUCUCUGAGGUUCUAUGAUAGAGGAAACGGAACAAGGCCUGAGCCCCUGGGUCGCGGCGCCCCCUUGCUCCCCGGCAGCCGGCGUGCUUUCUCCAAUGAGGUGAGGCCGGUUGGCAGCAAAGCUGUCCUGGUCACAGGCUGCGACUCGGGAUUCGGGUUCUCCUUGGCCAAGCAUCUGCACUCGAAAGGCUUCCUUGUGUUUGCCGGCUGCUUGAUGAAGGACCAAGGAGGUGACGGGGUCAAGGAGCUGGACGGCCUGAAGAGCGAUCGAUUAAGGACCAUCCAGCUCAACGUCUGCAAAGGCGAGGAGGUGGAGAGAGUGGUGGAGGUCGUCCGCUCGAGCCUGGAGGACCCUGAGAAAGGCAUGUGGGGCCUGGUUAACAACGCGGGCAUCUCGACUUUCGGGGAGGUGGAAUUCACCAGCAUGGAGACCUACAAGGAGGUGGCGGAGGUGAACCUCUGGGGCACCGUGCAGAUGACAAAAGCCUUUCUCCCGCUCAUCCGGAGGGCCAGAGGCCGCAUCGUCAACAUCAGCAGCAUGCUGGGCCGCAUGGCCAACCCGGCCCGCUCCCCAUACUGCAUCACCAAGUUCGGGGUGGAGGCCUUCUCCGACUGCCUGCGCUACGAGAUGUACCCGCUGGGCGUGAAGGUCAGUGUGGUGGAACCCGGCAACUUCAUUGCUGCCACCAGCCUCUACAACCCUGAGCGCAUCCAGGCCAUUGCCAACAAGAUGUGGGACGAGCUGCCCGAGGUGGUGCGCAAGGACUACGGCAGGAAGUACUUUGAUGAGAAGAUCGCCAGGAUGCAGGCCUACUGCAACAGCGGCUCCACGGACAUAUCCCCCGUCGUCAGUGCUGUCACCCACGCUCUGACCUCUCGCAGCCCCUACACCCGCUACCACCCCAUGGACUACUACUGGUGGCUUCGAAUGCAAAUCAUGACCCACUUGCCCGGAGCCUUGUCGGACAGGAUCUACAUACACUGAAGAGUGUGCCCCGCCGGGAGGGAAGAGGGAUCUUGUGCAGCCACCUCCUGAUUACCUGCUUGUGCAUUAUCCACAGUCCCGGGGGGGACCUACUACCACUUUUAGCGUUAAGCAGAGGAGACAGCCCAGCCCCACCUGUGUGCGCAGUGAGCGGUUUGGGUCUUCUCAGCCAGGUUCGGCAUGGUGGGCAGGGUCCCUCAAUCUCAGGGCAAACACGGUGCAGCCGUCUUUCUGAAGUUGAUCUCACACAAAGAGUCUUGGAAGACCUGUUUAUAUGAAAAACAGAUUUCUUAUAAAAUCCAAUACAAACCCUUUA